AUGGAUCGCGAGUCUGAUCUGUUUAAAGUGGAUCGCACGCCUCCUCGUGAACAAGAGCAACCACAUCCUGGCAUUCAAAGUUUUGCUCAGCAACGACCAUCAAUCAAUGCACAUCCAAUACCCCAACUACACAUGGCACCUCCUUUCCGACCGCUUUUACCUUCGGGCUGGACUGAACAUCGUGCACCUAAUGGACAGUUUUAUUACUACAACGCCGCAACGGGUCAUAGUACGUGGGAAAGGCCAGCGACAGUCCCGCCGCCCCCUCCUCUUGGCCCCCCUCACAUGAGUGGCGGUAUGGUCUCGCAUUCCUUUCAGCCGAUGCCUACAGUUAUGCCGUUACCGAUUCAACAACAAAGCUUUCCGAUUCAACAUCAAAAAGAACUUCCUAAAGAGAAAACUAAAAAGGAGAAAGCGAAAUUAAAAAAACCAAUUCCAGAUACAAAAUGGUCCAUUGUCUUUACGACAGAAGGCAAUGAAUUUUACUACAAUUCUGAGACAAAACAAUCCGUAUGGCAAGUUCCAGAGGAAAUUGCAGACGCUGUCAAAGCAUUUAAAGAAUCAGAAGAAAGGAAUGCCCAAGCAUUACAUGAUACUGCUGGAGUCAAAAGAAAAGCAAAUGAUGAAGAACAAAUGACCAGUGAGGAGGUGAAGAGAGCUAAAGGAGGCAUAGACAAUGUUGCAAACGAAGGAACCGA